AUGCAGGUACACUCUUGUUUUACUGUUUUCGUUACGCUGUUUUAAUCGGCACAGCUGUUUUUAUCGCCUCAGUUGCAACCAACGGUCUAAGUCACAAUCAUCGCAGGUAAAUUUGAUCUAGGGGUUUUCGUUCUCUGCCCAAAGAACUUCGGAAUCGGUGUGAACUGCGUUCACCGGUCUAGUUACAGUACUGGACAUGCCCACUCCAUUUUAGCCUGGAAAUGCCUUCUAGGGCAUUUGCAGACAGUCGCGUAGUAAGAGGUAACUGUAUCUUCCCCAAUAGUACGUCAGCAGUUGUUGAAUGAAACAACAGUCAAACAGGGACGACAGAGAACGACUUUACUGCAGCAGCCACUGUGUGCUAAUCAACUCUGAACCCUUUUGUCUAUGGCAUCUUAUUUAGGGGUCAUGUCCUUGUCUGAUUCUCGCGUUUCUAUUGGUUGGACCCUGAGCGUCCGUGUGGACAGCCCAUCGCGCGUUGCCGGCGCCUGAAGGUCGCCCAUGACCCGACGGCGUGCUGACUUCCGACUAGUGCGUGGGCUGGGUAGUCGAUGCUGGCCUGCAGCGGGCUGGUUUCCUACCCCAUGUGACAGCCAGACGACAUGAUUGGUUCACCGAGUUCCGGGCGGCCUUAAUAGUAAUUGUGCAUAAAUCAUUCAGACAAAGGAGACUGAUGGUAGGGGGUGCUCACCGAUCGUUCAUACAGAACUCACUCGUUCCGUUGUGCCUUAAGGAGACUGAAUUGGUUACUCGUGGUUUUAGAGUUGCGAAAAUUGCCAUAGCAGUAAUCAGAAGACGCGGUGGCGAGCAUACGUAGCUUUCGACAAAUUAUCGUCGGGCCAGUACAGUUAUAUGGGAACGGGGUCGAAGUGAAACAUGUCAGCGAUAAGAGAGAUCGAUAAAAGUUCUCCUUAAAACACGAGCUGGGUGUGGGAAUGUGGGGGAGGGGGGAGGGGUAAUAGCAGUCAGUGUCAGGGGCGGGGUGAGAGCGGAAGGGCGCGGAGAGCAGCAGCUUUAGUCGACCUCCGACCACUGUAGGCGCGGAGCUUGAACAUGGUUCUUCUGUGCGCAUAAGAUUGGCUUUCGUAGCCUAAUGGCGGCCGCUUCUUCUGUCGCUAACAGGCGAUGGCCUAGUACCUUAUGGUAGCUCGAUGGGACUUUAUCAAUCACAUGAAAAGCUUCGUUGGGGUCCACACAAUGUCUGGAAUCGACAACAUGCGCGAGAAUGGGGCUGCUUAUGCUCCUCGUUUCGCCUUUUCCCAGCCAUGCCGGGAGGUGUUCCCGUAUUCUCUUGGAUAAGCGCCGACUCUUACGACCAAUAUAACUGGCCCGACGAGAAUUUAUCGAAAGCUGCGUAUGCUCGCCGCCUCGUCUUCUGAUUACUCGUGGUUUGUUGACCAUCCUCAUUCAGCCAUGCUGUGACCCUGGUAUUGGGUAACUUUGGGCUUGGAACCCGUCACUUUAGUCAUAGGAGUUGUUAUAGCCCGACGGGUAGGUGGGAGAGAAGGAAAACGUGUUCGGGGAACAAACACUUUAUUCUCACAGCCUGCGAACGCACGGUUUCUCAACUCCUCAAAAGACGCCUUCUUUAUUUGGGGCCUUGGGCGUUCUGGAACAUUCCGGCCUGUUGCGCGCCAAUCGUGGAGAGCGUUCUAGAAAAGUCCGGCCUAUGGCGUGUCGGUCGUGGACUGGGUAUUGCGUGUACUCAGUCGUUUUUUUCAUCUUUUCGAGCACGUUGUGUAAAUCAUGGGACUUUGGCCACUACUUUUUCCCUCCUGUAUGAGUAUUCCGUAUCGUGCCGCGAACGGCUGCGGAUACCAGUUGCUCAAAGGAUUACAGGAAGGAUGCACGCUAGACAUUUUUACUUCAUCCUAGGAGAACAAACAAUAACAUUCAUUCUAUAUGGGUAGUAAAGGUCCUUAACAUAGUUGGGUCGGAUCUCAUUUAGUAGCCGUACCUACUGUUGACAAGCCCCAGCCUAGCCACAACCCCUAACCCAAACGCCUAACCCUCAACCCUUAUCCCUAACUCUUAACCAAAACCCCUAACCCUAACGCCAAACCCUGACCCCUAACCCCGACCCCGAACCCUAACCCCUUAUAGGUACGGCUGCGAAGUAAGAUCUUAUCCGUAGUUGGAUUGAGUACUUGACCAUUGGUUGCUAGAAAUGCACUUUGGGCAUCUUGAACCUUUUCUCCAUAGGUCUGCUGUUAAACCACUGGCAUUGCCUUGAACGACGGUGACGAUGACUAUGGUGAUGGUUCUGCAGGUAGAAACACUGUCAGCGGCACUUCUUGUGUCACUAAUUCGGCCGUUUGGUCAUUGCCCUAGUUGUUUCCAAGUUAGGACUACUACGACCACCAGUUUCAAGGAAGUCUGUCUGAAUUAGAAGACCUCGUUGUCAAGUUACUGACUGCAUGUUUAGUCGAAAUUCAAGAAAUUAAACGUAGUCGAUGUAUGUAUAGAAAACUUAGAAAUAUAAGGACAUUAUACUGCGUUCAUCAUCCCCCGAAGAAGGCCAAGAAGAAGAGGAGACGAGUUCAUGGGACCGAAUUAUCUCUGUAAUGACGUUUCGGAAACUUCCUCUUUUCAAUGCUAGUGGUGGGAUGGCUUUUCUGGUAUACUUAAAGCCGAAUACAGGAGUGGCCACCGGGGUGGGCGUUGCAGCAUUUAUGAUAGUGCCAGCAGGGGGUUUCGAAUGCUAUUAAAAAUUCCCUCCUUACCCCCGUGUGCAGGUUCGAGAGAACAGUCGGAAAUCCCUCAUACAGCACCUAAAGGCAUCGCUAACGAAAGAGAAACUGAAGACUCUGAGAAACGCACUCAGGAGCGGCGGUGAGACCGAGGAUCUAAGAUCAAGUGGAGGCGAGGUCACCGUGGACAAGGACGAGAAUACACCAGAGACUGGGCUUCCAACUGAGGGGGAUCUGCUAGCAGAGGUUGGCCAAUCCACAGCUCGUCUUAGGUCCGAACUUAACAUCACUCGACAACGGGCUGACCGGCUACAGAUGCAGCUGGACACCCUUCGAGGUCUUCACUUGGCCACUGUUACCGGAAAGCCCCCCAAGAAGGCGAUUGAACGGCUCUUUGACCAACUGGCCUUUCUUGAGAAACAGCAGGAGCUGAAAAACAGACACCUAGAGGAGUGAGUUUUACGGCUUGAAAGCAGUCUUACAAAUUCGUGAUUGUGCGUCAUCCUUUACCCCAACCUUCCCUGUACAACAGAUCCAGAAUUCAGAUGAAAUCUGUCCCACGGUAUUUAAGCAGGGAAGGUAGACGGGGACAGUUGGUUUUUCGAUCGAAACUGUUUUUUUCUAUUGAAACAUCGGUCGAAUGUGGUUUGGUAGCCCCACCUGAAGUAAACAAACCCCAGUCACCUCUAAUACGAGACCGGUGGUAAUAGGGGUUUUAACAGGUGGAGCCGGGGAACGCACAAGCGACGAGGUCAAGUAGUUGUAUGCAAAAAACCCAUUGGGAGUGCGUGGUUGUGCUUUCAAUGGUUGAGAAAUAGUUGCGCUAACCCCUAGCCUUUAACCCUGACCCCUAACCCUUAACCCCAACCCCAACAGUAUUGUGUCCACCAGGUGGGGCCACAAAAUCUCAUCUUACCGAGACAUCGAGCAUCAAAGCGUCUCAACCUGCGAGCACUGAGCUGAGACCUGCCGGCACAUAGUCGUUGUCCGACUUUGGGUCUUGUUUAAGGACUCUUGGGAGAAAAGGAGACGGCUUCAUAUUGGCAUUGUCAACAGUUUCAGGUAAAAAUACCUCUUUCAUGACAUAUUUAUGGAGAUGUAAGCAAAAUUUCCAAAGGAGAAUUAGAAGCAAACUCGAGGCUUGUUUUCACGGGUUUCAGUUUUGCAAACUAACUGCCGCGAUAUGUAGCCAAGGCAUUAAAACACAGAGUUCUGAUGCAAGAUUUGGGAGGUCUCUUUAUGAAUUUAUCUCAGUCUCUUCUCCGGUCAGAUGCACGCCGGAACGAAUCAAAUAAUAACUGACCAGCUUGCGACGGCAGGCCAGUCUGCAGUCGUCCGACAUUUCGACCGUCUUGCCGACGAUGUCCACCGUGUGCUCCAUAGCGGGAUGGGAUCAGGGACGGUGACCUGCGUGUGAGUCACUUUAAGGUGAUGGGAGACUUGCGCUGAAUCUACCACACCCUUUCCUCCGCCCACACUUGGGCCCAGUGUCGAGGUAUGGUAAAGAAGACCGGAGGCGGGAGAGGGCGCAGGUGGCUGGCUCGGCGAAAACCCGUGUCUGAGUGUACAACCACAUCGCCCGGUUCACAACGUACACUUGACCAGGAUUUUAACCAACAGCAAUCAUGGGCGGCGGCAGGGAUCCAAGUCGGCGCGGCGUGAGCCUGCAACUGGGCCUGCCACCGCACCCUCCAAGUGCUGGCAUUUGCUAUGGGUGCGCAUUUCCAAUAACGCCUGCCAGACUCCGAUGUGGCCCCCUGUAUUGGUUCAGCACAUCUACCGCCAAGUCCAUUUGAGAGGCAGUCAUACGACCAAUAGGACAUUAUGACAAAUUGCGAGGCCCGUGAGCAUUACUCGAAGGAUCCUAAGGAACAUUUCAAAAGCAGGCGGGAAUAUGAAAGGACCCAGACGUUGGGAUAGACCUCAGCCAAUAGUUUUUUGCUGUAAAUAGAAAGUCAACAUCUUUUGACUAAGAGACUGGGUAAGGUGAACUUUAAGUAAUUGGGGCAGUCGCACAGUCGGACUAAAACGUUUUGGCCCCGUUCAUCGGAAUGUUAAAGCAAGCUAUUGCAAUCUCUCCUGUCGCGUCGUCUGUUGUUUGACAGGUCUUGAGACGGCCAUCAAUGUUAUCGGACGGAGCCAUGAAACUUCCUCCCUUGCAGAAUGGGUUGGAACCCUAUAUGGCAACAGGGGUACACCAUUUUUUGCUUUCACUUCAUUUUACUCUGCCGUCCUAUACUGAAGGAAUAAAAGGCACUUAAGAAGAAAUUAUUCAGAUGGGAAAUCAUUUUAGUUUGUUUUAAGGCCAACUACCUCCCACAUUUCUGGCACCACAACCCCGAAACGACAGCUAAGGCCCGGAAAGAUACAGCUCUCCGAAAAUGCAACAAAAUGAUAGUACACUGGCGCCAAUAAAUGUAACACUUCUGAACGUCAUACCGUUCCCCCGUCUUCAGAUCAACGUUGCAAAUAGAUCAGAUCAGAUUUAUUAAGGGAAAGGUAGGCGAGCGCCUUUGAACUCCCUUUUGGUUACAAUCUAUAUAUAUAAAAAUGGAAGGUUUUUUUUUCUGUGUUAUAUCUAAUCUCCGAAAGUACUGCACCGAUUGCGCUGAAAUUUGGACACAAGCCGACCCGCGCAUAGGGCCGGGUUUUUGGCUGGUCAGUUGUGUAAUUAUGCCGAUGGUAUGACUGUGAUGGGUAAAAAACUGGAUUUUUUCCGGCCUAACGACGUCACCUGCUGCCGCCACUUGACCUACAUUGCGCGCGGACACAUGUGCGCCCAGACUGCGGCCACUUGACCGACAUUCGCUCAAACGCACGUUCUCUGCCCGACAGCCGCGCUCACCCCACCACCCACCCCCAGCAGACACUUGAGCAGGCCCUCCACCCUCUCUGGGGCGAUGCAAUCUGGGCCGGUAGGCAAACCACCCACCCUGCAGCAAAAAAACGCAACUCUUGGGCUCCACUUGAACUUGCCCCACACUACCCACAUAAUUGGGCUGCUGCCGCUUCCGCUGGGAUUCUCUGGGGGGUGAGGACUGGAUGCAGUUAACACCAGCGGCUGCCCCCCCGCGCAUAGCCCACAUAAUGGGGCUGUCACCCAGUGUCAGCUCAGUAUUGUGCAGCUCGGCUUUCGGAAGCCGGGUUGCGGUCACGGCUACCGCGUUCUGCAGCUUCCGGUCUGCUUAGUUCAGCAACAGGAUUAACACAGCCAGCUGGGAGUGGCCGAAUGGCGCCAGUGAGGAACAGCGGACCAGCGUCCAACACGACUCCGUGCUUAGCAUUCACGCUACGUGAUGUUGUUGUGAACGACGGUACGCCAACACCCGUUGGAAGACUAAUGAUUUUAGGGUAAGGUGAUGCCAUAUAUACCGGCAGUCGGAGACCGAUUUCAACGCAGUAUCCAUUUACUUUUCGGGAUGGUGCAGAUGGAUAUCCAGUCAGUGACGAGGUAACGCACAUGAAUUGCAGCCCAAUGAACCCCUACUCUAACCGACUUAUGAUGCGACAGAAUGUAAGUAAUCCCCCCUUUAAAAUGCCGUCAAUUGUUUCACCACUGCAUUGUGGAUAUGUAUGCAAAAAAACGGAAGAGAACGACUGCUUUUCGCGUGAAUCAGACCAAGUUGCGCUCUCAAGACUAUAUUCCUUUGCAUGAUGCAGUUGUAAACGACGGUAAUACAACUAACGUUGUAAGACUAAAGUUUUUGUCGUCCACAUACACAGAGAGUCCACGCCAUAAGCUCGGGUACGCUCGAGGUGCAAAUUGCUUAUGUUUGUCAGUACGGGCAUCCAGACCUACUCAUUACAUUCACCUGCAAUCCAGAUUGGGGGGUUAUUUAUCAGCUCUUACCUACCGGGCUAUCGACGGUAAGUAGGUAUGACAUCACAGCACGUGUUUUUAGGAAGAAACUAAAAUCGCUGAUGAACUUUAUGGUGAAACACGAGGGCACUGUCCCACGAACACGUCCGGAUCUGGCUAUAUAACAAGAUCACCGCCAACGAAAUCGCCGAUGCAACAUGCGCUGAAUUACCUGACGCCGACGUCGACAAUGAUUUGCCCGAAGUCGCGGCGAAGAAUAUGUUAAAUGGACUUUGCGGUGCCCUGAGUCCCAAUUCCCUCCCCCUCCCCCUAAACCCUCACCUCCCGGUAUGAUAGACGGAAAACGUUCUAAGAGAUAUUCCCGGGCAUUCGUAUGCACCACAGUCACCGGUAACGACGAAAGUCCCUUAUACCAAAGACGAUCAGCGGAAGACGUCGGCAGCAUGGCAACCGUACGAAUACGAACCCGUGACGUACAAGUCGGUAACCGUUGGGUUUUUUCGUAUUCGCCUUUGCUUUUAAAAGCACACGAAGUUCACAUAAACGUGGAAAACUGCAAUUCCGGGAAUUGAAUUUGGUACAUUUGUAAGUACGUGAGCAACGGCAGCGACAUGGCUGAUUUGACCUGCAACACGAAAGGAGGGAAAGGGAUGUGGACAUACAACUCGAUGAAAUCGUACAGUAUUGGGCUGGAAGAUGCGUCAACAGCCACAAAGCCGUGUGACGGAUUCUUUCUUUUCCCAUCCAUGAGCGAAGUACAGGUGUUGUUCACUUGCAGUACACUUAGUGAAUGAGCAAUGUGUUUACUUUACUGAUGCAAAUGUGCAACAGGCCGCCGGCAACGCACAUUAACUGCGUUCUUUCCGUUAAGCCAAACUGACGCGUUUGCGAAAACACUGCUGUUUUCGGAAGUGCCUAUGUAUUACACGGAGUGCGUGCAGAAAAUCUUUUAUUCGACGCAAACGAGGAAACCGAGUGGAUGGACACCUCGGCAUAUUCAGAAAAACUGCGAUAGGCAGACUGCACGCAUGCAUCCCAAUCAGGAUGAAUGGUUCUUACUCCGCGCUGUGUUGGUGAAGGUGUCCGGUUCAAUGUCUGUCCAGCAAUUGAAAUCUGUCAACGGCGUUACGCACGCCACAUUCCUCAGUGCUUGCCAGGCCCUCAAUUUAUUGGAAAAUGACCGACACUGGGAUGUUUGCAUUAGUGUUGUGUGCAGCACGUCCCAUCCACAUCGAAUUCGUGCAUUGUUUGCAAUUAUAAUGACCGCCUGCUCUACUUCAUCUCCAACAGAUCUAUGGGAGAAAUAUAAAUCGCACAUGGCUGAGGAUAUCUUCCGUCAACUACGCAAAAAAUUCCAAAUGCGGAUUUCACAGCAGAAAUCCACAGCGAGGCGCUAAUAGUAAUUGAGAAUAUGUACGUAAGAAAUCGCGAAAAAAGUUCCUUAUCAACCGGGAAUGUCCUCAUCAAACCGGUUUUCUGUUGUUUCGUUAGAUGUGGAUUUGCGCCGUGAGCAAAAAAGCGCUCGAGGCCCUCGAUCGACCGCUGCAAGAUUUGCGCGGAAAAAAGCAGGCCAUUUGGAGAGAUUACUGCUAUUGCUUGCAGGAGAUUUCGGGCAAUUACUGCCUGUAAUUACUCCAUCGAAAACAGCAGACGAAAUAAAUGUCUGCCUGGAAUACUUUUUUGUGGCAAAGUUAACUACAAAUAUGUGUGUCGAGCUGCAAAACCACCGAUCAGCUGCGGUAUUCUCACAGUAAUUGCUGGCAAUCGGGAAUGCAACGGUGCCCGCUGAUCCAACAGAGAUUUUGAAUCCACCUGAGCCACAGCAACGCGUGGCGGGGUCCAGCUAGUAACGUCAUAAAAAACAAUGUGUAAGGCAAGUGUGAAAAAAAUUAGGUAAGUAAUUACAUACAACAAGCAUUGGUCACUGGUAUGAAUUUGUGUGUGAAUGCCUUCCACGUCAAAAUUUGUACAAUAUCCAGUACGGUACUGAAGGGACCAAGUAAUAUCAAAGCAAGCGCAUAUGUGGCGGUCAGAUGAAUUCUCUCAGAUACUGAGUUCAUCGCUUUGGUUCAGCCGUCGCCGGAGACUCAAUUAGAUAGUUCGCAAUAGACGUAGGAAUAAGAGGGCUAGAUGUUUUGCUAGUUCCGCUGCAUCUAAAUAUCUCAUUAACCGAGAAUAAGCAAUAGCAACAACGCUUGAAUGGGUUUGGUUAAAAAGAACUAGUGAACUAACGAUUCUCCAAACUUGGACUUAGUCCUGCUCAGGUAUCUGUCCAGUACUUCUCGUGCUAUAAUGAAGGCGCGUCUGGAAAUUGUAUCAACCCUAGUUUCACACUCGAUUCCGUUCUGUUUCCCAGAUACAUUCAGUGUCGUCUCUUGGAGGCGCAUGCCACGGGCGAGUGUCCCUGUGCGGGCGAUGCCAAAGUCGCGGCCUCCGCCGCCGCUCACUGGCGUCGGAUAGCCGAACACCGAGCCGGUGAUAUUGCCCGUCUUGGCAGGGAGAUGGAUCGUUUAAUAGCUCUCCUCGCGGAGCUGUCGGAGAGCGCCAGUGCCAGCGCCAAGGCAUCGCCGCGACAACCACCAGGGGACGCCCCGACGGAGGGCACCAUCACCACUGGUUGA